AUGCGCUCGCGCGCGGACGGUGGGGCGUUGGCGAUGACGACGACGGAGGCGACGCGACGGGACGGGGCGCUCGCGGCGCUCGCGCGGGCGUUGGAGACGAGCGGAGCGCGAGCGCGUUUAUCGGGAACGAUCGAGAGCGAACACGAGUUUCCCUUAGAUAGCACGUCGACGGCCACGCUCGCGGUGGCGCUGAUGCAGCAGACGAACGGCGGGGCGAGCGCGCGUUGGCGGGCGUAUUGCGACGCGCUGCCCGCCGCGGUGGAUUCGUUGAUGAUGUGGAGCGACGAGGAAUUGGAGGUUUUACAAGGGAGCGCGUUGAGGCAGCGCGCGGUGUUUCGAAGAGAUUUGUGUAAACGGGAGUACGAUGCGCUUUUUCCCGCGCUCGCGCGGGCUGAUCCCGAGACGUUCGGUGACGUCGAGGCGUACUCGUUUGAUGUUUUUCGUUGGGCGUACGCCACAGUUAUGGCGCGCGCGUUCGUUCUACCGGACCUCCAGUGCAUGGCGCUUUUGCCCGGUUUAGACAUUUACAACUCGGCUCGUGACGCGGAGAAGUGCGUGGUUGAGCGCGACGAAGGCGCGUGUGAGGUUGAUGAUUCGUCGUCCUUCGACGAGAGCGAGGCGCGGGUCACCCUACGCGUCGGCGUCGGCGGCGUUCAAGCCGGAUCGCAGCUGUUUCACGAUUAUGCCGACCACGCCUCUGGUGGGGCUCUGCUGGAAUUUGGGUUCGUGUAUCACGGUGAGCGCGAGCGUGGCUCGGGCGUCGACGCGUUGGACGUCUGCUUGAAGCCGGCGCUCGCGCGCCUGGACGCGCGAUCGAGAGCGUUCCUCGUCGACGAGGACGUGUUUCACAAAUUCAACGUUCGAAAGAGCCUGACGUUCGAAAUCUCAAACGUCGGUGGCGUGUACAAGCCGGCGCUUAAAGGCAUCGAAUGCAUCAAGCCAGAGAUGUGGCGCGCGGCGCGCGCGCUGGCGCUUCGCCCGGACGAGCCGCUUCCAUCUUCGUUGGACGCGCGCCUGGACGACGACGGCGAGCGUCGUGCGAGAGACAUCCUCAUCCGUGUCCUGCGCGACGAGCGCGAGAGAUACAGCGCGACGACGAUCGAUGAAGACAUCGAUUUACUCCGUCGAGCGUCCGACGGCGGUCCGUCGCGUCGACGCGAGGCCAUGGCGCUCGACGUGCGCCUGGGCGAAAAGCUGCUCCUCGACGACGUCGUCGCGAGCUUACUCGCCCACCCCCCUUCGUAG